UUUGCAGGAAUUAGCAUAACAGCAUCUCCACCAAUAGAAAGAUUUUUGGGGGUUUCAGCUUUUCUUUGUUUAUACAAUCCUCAUGUAAAUGGCACUGGCCAAUACAGUGCUGCAACUAUUUACUUUAGUAAUGGGGCAGGAAAAAAUCUUGAGCAGAUACAAGUGGGAUGGAUUGUGCAUCCAAAGUUGAAUGGUGACACCCGAACUCAUUUGUAUACGACGUGGACAGCGGAUGGCUUUCACACAACUGGAUGUUACAACACGCAUUGUCCAGGAUUUAUUCAAUUAAGCCGCGUAAUACCUGUAGAUUAUGCUUUUCCAAGGACCUCCGACUUAGAAACUAGAUUCAAAGAAGAAGUGCUUCUCAGGGUCUAUCAG